CGCGCCACCCCCCCACCCCGGCCCCGCCGGCCACCCCGCCCGCCAUGGACCCCAAGGACCGCAAGAAGAUCCAGUUCUCGGUGCCCGCGCCCCCGAGCCAGCUCGACCCCCGCCAGGUGGAGAUGAUCCGGCGCAGGAGACCAACCCCUGCCAUGCUGUUCCGGCUCUCAGAGCACUCCUCGCCAGAGGAGGAGGCCUCCCCUCACCAGAGAGCCUCAGGAGAGGGGCAUCACCUCAAAUCGAAGAGACCCAACCCAUGUGCCUACACCCCCCCCUCGCUGAAAGCUGUGCAGCGCAUUGCCGAGUCGCAUCUCCAGUCCAUCAGCAACCUGAGCGAGAACCAGGCCUCAGAGGAGGAGGAUGAGCUGGGGGAGCUGCGGGAGCUGGGCUACCCUAGAGAGGAAGACGAGGAAGAUGAGGAGGAAGAGGAAGAGGAAGAGGAGGAGGAGGACAGCCAGGCUGAAGUUCUGAAGGGCAGGAGGGGGCCUGCUGGGGAGAAGAUAACUUGUGGCCAGGGUCUGGAGGGACCCUGGGAGCGCCCACCCCCUCUGGAUGAGCCCCAGAGAGAUGGAAGCUCCAAGGACCAAGUGGAAGAUCUGGCACUAAAUGAGUCUGGGGAGGAGCCACAGCGCCCUGCCCACCCUGAGCCUGGCACAUAGGCAUCCGGCCUUGCAUCUCUCAGAAGGAAGUGGAGGGGGCAUUGCUGUUCCCCAGAAACCCACUCUGUCCCCACCCUAUUUUGUACCCUUCCCCCUCACUCGCUAGGGCUGUGGCUUCUGACUUCUAGAAGACUUAAGGCUGGUCUGUGUUUGCUUGUUUGCCCACCUUUGGCUGAUGCCCAGAGUUCCUGGGUACUUGCUGCCUGAUGCCUACCCCUGCCAGUCAUUCCCCCAUUUACCCAGAGGGAGGCGGGAUGUGAGAGACUUUGCAUCAGAUAAUCCAGUAAGGGUGUGUGUGGGGGGGCAAAGGUUUAUCCUUCACAAUUCCACUCCCCAGACCCUCUCCCCUGGGCACAGGAAACCCACAGGGCAGGACCCUAAGAUCUGGGGAAAGAGGGUACUGAGAAAUUGUAGGUACCCUUAGAUCCUUCUCCAUCCCCUCUCCUAUGGGGGAUUUCAAGUUACCACCCCUCUCUCUGGCUUCUCCCAGGGCCCAGGAUUCAGGCAUCCUUCUCCUCAGCUUCAACAUUUUGGAAAUCUUCCCCUUAUCACUCCUGCUCCCCAGCCUGGGUGCCUGGAAGAUGGACUAGCAGAGGCUGCUUUGUUGCGUUUUGUUUAUGCUUUGAUGCCAGGAAUGCCGCCUAGUAUACGUCCUUAGGGGGGCACACGGUGGGGAAGCCAGGUUCUCCUUGUCCUCCAGCUGCUCUGCCCCCUUCCCCUCUUCCCUGACUCCAGGCCUGAACCACUCCUGUGCCGUAAUAAAUCUUUGUAAAUAACUGU